UCUUCAGCUUCAGACAAACUCCACUCCUUCUCCUGCACAGGUUUGCUGCACUUGCUACACAAAGAUGUGUUCCCCCUCCUGUUCAAAAUGCCUGGGUAUUGCCAUGAUUCUUCUAGCAGUAGUGAGCACGCUGGCCAAUCUGCUGCUGCUUUUUCCUGGGUUUCAACAUAAAUACCUGACGGAAGGUCAUAUCACCCCAGAGGCCUUGUGGUGCACGGGUAUAUGGGCUUCUGGAUUUGUAGUGAUUGUGGCUGCCCGUGGCUUUGUAUCAAACAGUACCAAAAAAGGAUGCUGUCAAUUCAGAGCUGAUAUGCUGUGUCGGAUAAUCUACUCGAGUGUGGCUGUGGUUGCGGCUGUCUUCAGCUUCUUGUUUAAUUCAAAGGGAUUGACAGGAGGGCCGUUUUGUCUUCAUAAUGGAACUGAAGGGAUGAAAUGGGAGCGGCCCCUGAAACGUGUUAAUCUAGAAGCAAAAAGUUAUCUCUAUGAACCUGAGAGGUGGGCAUCUGCCUGUGAAGAACCUGUUGGUGUUGUGGUGUGGAACAUUGUUCUCUUCUCUACCAUCAUGGCUACCAGUGGACUUCAGGCUAUCUUCAGUGCUGUGCAGAUCCUAAAUUCCAUACGUGGUGUGAUUGUCGGACCUAGACUUUGUAAGAACAAGGUUGGCCAUGCUUAAACAAAUCAGGCUUCAUUUGCUUUUGUGAGAAUCACUAUACAGUCAUGAUGCUGCAGUUACUACAUGAAGCACUUUGCAGAGAGAAACUGCCUUCAGAUUCAAGUCAGUCAUUUUGCCUGGGUUUCAAAGUUUGUUACAUAACAAUGGAAACACAAGGUACUAUUUAGUGCGUCCUUCUGUGCAACUGUACUGACAUACAGGUACUUUUAGUGUAUGUUGCUCAGGGAGGUUAAGGUCCUUCUCAAGUGUAUUUUAGGGGUAGAAAAUCCCAGUGUAUUUUACUACUUUCUUUUAAAUGGCAUAAUGAAGGGUUUAUUUUCACCAAAACAUUACCAUACCAUUGUUAUAUUGAUUUACUAUU